CAAGAUUUUUAGCCGAAGAACGACAUCGAAGAUUAACACGGGAGAGAGGGAGAGCUUUCACGUCUCUCGACUAAUUGUAUGUCAAUUAAUUAUCUUCUCGUUUGAUUGACGUUGGAUCAAAAUUCCAAGGAGACUGGUGAGCUCUGCAGAUUGCAUUGGGCAGGAGAAUCUGCUUGCGCCUGAAUUUGUGAGGUGAUCAUGACAACAACAGCCUUCUCGCAUGAGCCAGGCACUGCCAUGGAAUGCCUGAGCAUACCUAUCACCUUAGAGAAGGAGGCUGGUCUUGACGAGCAUGGAAGACAGGUCCUAAAAUGCGGAUUCAAGAUUGGAGGUGGAAUAGAUCAGGACUUCAUGAAAAGUCCACAGGGCUACACAGACAAUGGCAUUUACUGUACGGAGGUCCAUGAUGGCAGUGCCGCAGCACGAGCUGGGCUGCGUGUCCAUGACAAGAUCCUCCAGUGCAACGGCUAUGACUUCACAAUGGUGACACACAAGAAAGCUGUGGACUACAUUAAGAAGCACCCUGUUCUAAAUCUCCUUGUAGCCCGCAAAGGAGUUACACACUCAUAAACAUUUUCCCCUUAACAGUGUCACACUUUCUGUCAUUCCGUACACAUUAUUGUUAUUCCAUUGUUAAUUCAUCGGGAGAUCACUUGACAUCUUGUGCAUUGUUCUGUUAUUCUUCUCGUUCAUUUGCUUUAUGUACAUUGGAUGUGUUACAUGUGCAAUUAUUAUUAUUAUUUUUUUUUUUCUUCUUUUUUUUUUUGUUAUGCAUUCCUCUUUAAUUUUUCUGGUAGUUGUUGAAUGCACUGACUGUAAUAAUUUAGUACACUAAGGUAACAGGUGAAUCCAUUGAUUUGGUUUGACUUUUAUAUGAUCAAGAAAUAUGUUGAAGACUUAAGAAAGUUGCCAACCAAUGGUAAGGUUGCAAAGAAUGCAUUUACAUGUGUAAGGAAUUUUGAUGUUGCCAUGUUAAACUGUUAAGCAAAUAAUUCUAAGUUGUUUUAAGAGGAAUAGCCUUAUCAUAUUUUAUCUAACAAAGAAAGAUCAGGAACAGUACUUGAUUACAAUGAAUGUUUGUAUGAUAACAAAUAAAGGGAAUUUGUUAUAUGCCAAGGGAACUCUGAAGAUAAUGAAAUGCUGUUUAUAUAGGUUGUAUAAAAGAUGGCCAUUUUAACUAGUGCUUACAUUUUUAAUGCUUUUAACUGUUUGAUUUAAUUGUACACUGACAACCACAGACAAUGGACAGCUACUUAGGAAACAUAACUCUUAUAUUUUGCUUUGUGUACAUUAGUCAGUGUGUCUCUUGGUAUUAGAAUUUUUAUUGAGAAUAUCAGGUUAUUUUUUCAAUCCUCUCAUUAUUAUUAUUGUUAUUAUUAUUAUUAUUAAUUAUUAUGAUGAGUUACUCAGAAUGUGGUUGAUAAAUAGAUGUAAUUGACUAACACAAACUAUCUUUUUUAGAAUUUGAAAUCAAAAGUGUUUAGUUCUGCUUUUGGUAAUGCGGAAUGAGACUGAAGCACUCAAGUGUUAGUGUUGCUUUGGCUUUUUUUGUACUCAAUACGCUUGCAGUGACAUCACCAUGUUUUGUAACCACAUGAUGACGCUUUGAGAAAUGGAAACCCAGUGCUUUUGCUUUUUCUGAGUUGCUUUUCUCAAUCACUUCCACAGUUCCUUCAUCAUAACAGGGUGUUUAAUUGUUACUGGCUUUUUAAAUUUUCCCACAAAUAUACUCAUACAUCUUACAACCUCAACAAACAAAUGUUCCACGACAUUGAUCAUUCCACAGCAUGAAUUUAGGUGUUGUGCUUCCAGGUUAUGCUAGACAGUGAUUGUAGCUCAGAAUGUGUAAGAGAAUCCACCAAGAGUGUAAAGCCUUAUUAAAUUGCCACAGAUUCAUAUAUAUUUAUGCAGCUAAUAACUGUCUGUAAACCAUUUACUUUAGUGAUGUUAUUAUGAGUAUGAUGAUUUUCCAAAUGCAUUGGUAAUCACUGAAUCUUCUCCAAAAUGUUUGCUCAAUAUCUAACAUACUGAGAAAAGAAAAUCAUUAAAUGAAAGAGAUUUAAGUUCACAAAAUCAAAUUAUGUUUUUCCUUUCAUAUAGAAUAAGCAUUGAAGCCAAAGUUACUGUGUUAUUGCACAAAAUACAUUGAUAAGGCACAAUAAUUUAAGAAAAUGCCAUUGUAGAAGAGAUAAAUAUGAAUGGCUUCCUUCUCAUAUUAUAAGGUUUAUAGAGAAUGUUGUAGAGAUUAGCCAAGAGUAUUUACUUUUCCCCUUCACAUAGCUUGAAGAUGAUGGCUGAACAAGAGCCAAUUGUGCUGAUCAAGUUUAUUUUUUCUGAUUCUGAACAUUAUCCAGUCACGUCUCGGACCAGUUCAUAGAUUCAGAUAAGUUCUGUGGAAGGAAAAACUGGAUUAAUGAGGAUACUCAUUUCGUACUCCUUAAAAGAAAAAAUGAAGGAAUUACUAAAACCAGAAUGCUUUGCUAAAAUGUAAAAUGUUUAUAGACUGGUCAGGUUAUUAUUUUUCUUUAUACGUAUAAUGGUAUUUAAUGAGUCACAGUAUGAUGAAUAAAAUAUAUAUUUUCAUAAGAAGUAUUCUUACUACCUUUUUGUUGAUGUGUUGACUUAUUUUAGAUUACAGAGCUGUACAAAUGUGUGUUUGAGGUUUCUUUAACAGAUGCCUUGAUUUUUUUCUCUAUCUUACUCUCAUCCCUCUCAACAAAAUUUGUUACAUAAUGUGAGAACUGAGGAAAUAUAAUGCAAUUUUGGAAUGAUGCUGUGUAAUCAAAAUGUUAAUCUCCUGAUUCAGCUUCAAGUCUGAAACCUGAAACACAUUUUUGUCCCAACACACCAAAAGGAAAACUGAAUAUUUAUAAUUUAGCCAAACCAAAUGUUACAUUCUUUUGACCUAAUAGCAUUGUACCUGCUUGAGUGUUUUUCCUAGGGUUAUUUAUAAUAAAAUUAUUUUCUUGUUAUCAUAUUUUUACCUGCCUUUUUUUUUAGGCAGAUUGGAGUAUUUUACAUAUACACUAUAAAAUUUUGAGAGUGUAAUGAUAGGAAAAUUGAAAAUGUACAGGGAGUACUUCACAAUUGUUGCUGUUUUCCUAUAUUAACCUCCAGCUUGGAAACAAUGAGUCAGAAUAUUUUUUCCAAAAAUGUCGAAGUGAUAUUAUGAGAUGAAAAGAGCUGUUUAUAUUACAUGUAAGUAUAACAACUCACAUGAAAGAUAUUUAGCAUAUACAUGACUGAAUAAUUUAUACUUCAUAUUGUGUGUUUCUUAAUGGGACCUGUACACAUGUGAAAGUUUUUUAAAAUGUUUGUAAAUCGUGGUGUCCAUAUUUUGCAUGAGUUCACUGCAAGUAAUACAGACACUGAAUAUUUUAUUUAUAUUGAUUAACUGCUUAACAAGAAAGGUUCUCAAUGGGAUUUUUUUCGGCUUGUUUCCUGCCAUUGAUGUUAGACAUAAGGUCAUUUCUCAGAAUCAUGUGUCCGAGAUAGUUUUUGUAUCAUGGUUAAAAUCAAGCAACGUGUGUGUUGUAUAAGAAUCCACUGCUAUAUCAGUCAGUUUUAACAGAUAACAAUUACUGCUAUAUAAAGUCAUGUAGGAUUUCAAAAUAUUUAGGAUUUUGGUAAAAGUGAAUAAGGAAAAGCAAGUGUCCCAAAUAAAACUCCGAACAGUAUAUAAAGACUGAUAGCAAUAUAUAGGUUUAAGAAUAGGACCCAGUUAAAUUUACUUCAUGACAAAAGAUAUCCAUGGCUUCUUUAUAGGUUACACUUAAUAAGAAAUAUUCUUAAUAUAUAACAAACCCAAGACCAGAACAUCUUGUAUGAAUUUGCAUAACCUUUGCCUUAUUAUGGGUAGGGCAUGGUUAUUUUAUUUUUUGUCUUUUUUUUUGUAUGCAUCUUCUGAUUGUGGACAUAAUUAACUUACUUAUUACCUCCAAUUUGUAAUGCUAUUUUUAAAUUGUUCUACAAAAACUACUUAGUUUACUCCCUAUUUUUUAUGGUUAACUAAGAACUGAAAUGGAGACAAGAUAUUAUUAUCCUUUUCUGAUCCAUAAAAUAGAUAUGCCAUUUAGACUGUGCUUUAUUAAACAACGGUAAAAAAGCUCCUCUUAUGCCAGUCUUCAAUAAGCUUGCAAAUGUUUUAACUUAGGUGGUCAAAUCGUUGCUCAUUGGUACAGUGUAGUGUUUUCCAAACCUAAAUGAACUAUAAAAUUUGAAAAUGAAGUUGGCUCUGUUCAGGGCAACUUUACUUCUGUGUUUGUGCAGCUUUACCAGUAAAAGAUAUUAUAA